UUUUGAUUUACGGUACAACCAAAAAGCCACAUGGGUUUGAGUCGUGUGGAAAUAGUGUUUGGCGCAAAUUGCUCCUGCAGCUGAACUUAUUUGUUGUACGAAGGCGCACAAGAAAAUGUCUUUCCGAGGAGGUGGUGGAAGAGGGGGCCGUGGUGGUGGAUUCAACCGUGGUGGAGGGGGAAGAGGAGGAUACGGUGGUGGUAGUGGUGGUGGAGGAGGAUAUGGGGGUCGAGGUGGCGGCGGCGGUUUCCGAGGUGGUGGACGAGGAGGACGAGGAGGCUUCCAGGACUAUGGCCCUCCAGAAUAUGUUGUUGCACUAGGCGAGUUCAUGCACCCCUGUGAGGAUGAAAUUGUGUGCAAGUGUGUAACGGAGGAAAACAAAGUUCCCUACUUCAACGCACCCGUGUACUUGGAAAACAAGGAGCAGAUCGGGAAGGUGGAUGAAAUCUUCGGUCAACUCCGUGACUUUUAUUUCUCUGUCAAACUCUCUGAUAAUAUGAAGGCAUCCUCAUUCAAAAAACUACAGAAGUUCUACGUAGACCCAAUGAAACUCCUACCACUACAGAGGUUCCUUCCCAGACCCCCGGGUGAGAAGGGUCCCCCAAGGGGAGGCAGAGGAGGUAGAGGUGGAAGAGGAGGUCCCCGCGGAGGUGGAUUCCGUGGUGGCAGGGGUGGUGGUGACCGUGGCGGAUUUGGCAGAGGCGGUUUCGGUGGUGGCCGGGGAGGAGGAGGAUUCAGAGGAAGAGGAGGCGGUGGCGGACGAGGAUUCAGAGGUAGCAGAUGAUGACACUGUAUGCCUCGUGGGAUCCUCACCAAGUGUCAAUACCUGCAGGAAGCAAAUCAGUGCAAUGCGAUGCUGGAGCUUGGCUCUGUUGAACUUGACUCAUGGAGAACGAACGUUGCAUCUUUUUAUACUGCUCAACUAUCAAUUUGUGUUUUGUUUUUGUAUACCAAUCUAUGAUGAAUAAUGUGGGAAUUAAUGGAUUUUUAUUUAGUGAACCUUGAAAGCACUCUGCUGUCACAGGGAAUAUUAUCAUUAAUAGCCCAGUUUUUGUCACUCUUCAACAUUGUUCACACUGGAUGGUUUUGGGUACAUUUAGGAUGUCACUGUAUUAUGCUGUUGAACAUGAGCAUGUUGGAGUGCAACAGCCAUUUCAAUGUUGAUAAGAGACAGAAAUUGAUGAUACCCUGAUGUUGAAAAGGCUUGGUUUUGUAAGUGGAAAGAUAUGAUGGACAUUAGUAUUCAUUACAAAUCAGUGGAAAAUAUUGUAUUAACCCCAGAAAUCCAAUGUGGUUACAGAGUACUGCCAUCUUUUGUAAAGAAAAGCCUUUGAUUAAACAGUGCUCUGUAGAAGUUUAUCCAGUUUUUAUUUGGACAUCUAACUUGGUCUUUUAUUUUUGCUCAAGCAAAUAAACAUGUGUUCCAGAAUCGGAACAAAACCAG